UCGAAGGCCGCCUCCGCAGCGCGGGGGGAGCGGGGCUGCGGCGGGCGGGAGCCCCGGGGCGAGCUGCGACCCGGGUGGGCAGGGACCCACGGGCAGGCUGUGACAGCCGGUGACAAAGCCACCCCAGGCUAGGACACCGGGUGACCGAAGCCAGCUCUUGCCGUGACACCAGCGGUGAGCAAGGAGCCCGGCGCGUGCCGUGACAACGGGUGGGCGAAGCCACCCCGGGGUGCGUGCUGUGACAUUGGGUGACCAAAGCCACCCCACGCCGUGACACCAGGGGACCAAAGUCCCUCCGUGGUGCUGGCUGUGACACCGGGUGACCAAAGCCACCCUGUGCCGUGACACUGAGUGAGCAGCAAGCCCAGUGCACGCCGUGACACUGGGUGACCAAAGCCACCCAUAGCACAUGCUGUGAUACUGGGUGAGCAAGCCACCCUGUGCUGUGACGCCGGGUGAGCGGCUAGCUGUGACACUGGGUGGCCAAAGCCACCCCAUAGCAUGUGCUGUGACACCGACUGACAAAGCCACCCUGCACCGUGACACCGGGCGAGCAGCUAGCCUGGCACAUGCUGUGACACCGGGUGACCGAAGCCACCCUAUAGCACAUGCUGUGACACGGGGUGACAAAGCCACCCCACUCUGCAACACCGGGUGACCAAGCCACUCUGCACCGUGACACCAGGUGAGCAGCUAACCCGGUGCAUGCCGUGACACCGGGUGACCGAAGGCACCCCGUGCAAGCCAAUCCCGUGCCCCCAGCCCGCCAUGCCGGGGGUGGUGGGCAUGCCGGUGCCCCGUCCCCAGCACCCAUGUGACACUGUGGGGCACAGUGUGGCCAUGGCGGGCUUCGGGGGGCCGGGGGCCCUGCUGCCACUAAUGCCGCUGCUGCUGGCGCUGGCACUGCUGUCACCGUGGGGGUCCGCGGGAGGGAGCUGCCCCCCGCGCUGCGUCUGCGCCUCCAACAUCCUGAGCUGCUCGCAGGCGGUGCUGAGCUCGGUGCCGGCCCCCCUGCCCCGCUUCACCGCCGUCCUCGACCUCAGCCACAACAACGUCAGCCGGCUGCGUGCCGACUGGGCGCCGGUGCGGCUGGCCCACCUCCAUGCCUUGCUGCUCAGCCACAACGGGCUCUCCUUCGUCUCCACCGAAGCCUUUGCCCACGUACCCCACCUGCGGCACCUGGACCUCUCCUCUAACCGUCUCCGGGUGCUGGAGGAGAACCUCUUCAGCGACCUGGCCGAGCUGGAGGUCCUCCUCCUCUACAACAACGAGAUCUCUGCUGUGGAUCGCACCGCCUUCGAUAACCUCAGCCGCCUCCGUAAGCUUUACCUGGGGCAAAACCGCAUCGCCCGCUUCCCACUGGAGCUGCUGCGCGACGGCAGCCGCCUGCCCCAACUGGCCCUGCUCGACCUCUCGGCCAACCGCCUCCGCAGCUUGCCCAUCGGCGAGCUGCAGGCACUGCCCGCCUGGCUGCGUGACCGCCUCUACCUACAUGGCAACCCACUGGCCUGCGACUGCCCGCUUUUCCAGCUGGUUGCCCGCGGUCGUCGCCGCCGGUUGAGCGCCGUGAUGGAUUUCCAGGAGGAGUUGCGGUGCUUGCUGCCCACUACCCAGGCGCACGUCGGUAUCCUCGCCCUGGCCGGCCGGCAGCCGCUCAACUGCAGCGAGGCACGGGAAGCGGUGCUGGAAGCCCACCUGGGUGACACCGUCACCCUCAGCUGCGACACGCGGUUACGGGGGGUACGUAACCGGCACUGGGUGACGCCAGGAGGCGAACGGGUGUUGGAGGAAGGGGGUAAUGGCAGCGCCGCUCUCCUGGCGAACGGCAGCCUGCAGCUGCGGGCGCUGCGCCCCGAGGACGCCGGCACCUACGCCUGUUGGGUGGCGGGUCCCCUCCUCAACGAGACCCUUUACGUGGAGCUGCUGGUGCACAACUUCACCCUGCACGGUCCCCACGACACCCUCAACACCGCCUACACCACGCUGGUGGGCUGCAUCCUCAGCGUGGUGCUGGUGCUCAUCUACCUGUACCUCACCCCUUGCCGCUGCUGCUGCUGCCGCGGUGCCGACAAGCCGCCGGCUCCCCGCGAUGACAGCAUCAACUCCUCCGUCCUCAGCACCACCCCCAACCACGCCACCGCCGGUGUCCCUGGGGAGCCUUGCCGGUCCCGCUCGGCCUCUGCUGCCGGCCCGGGGCAGAACGGCAGGUUCAAGGUGGGGGGCACCCCCCAGCCGCCCCCCCGGCACGGCCCCAAGGCGCAGAGGAAGGUGUCGGAUCCAGACUCGGUCAGCUCCGUCUUCUCCGACACCCCCAUCGUGGUGUAGGGGGCAGGACACGUUAUGGGGACAGUCCCCAGGGACACCCCAUGUCCCCACCACUGUUGAGACUUGUCCCCAAUGGAUGCGCUGCGGGCAGAAGGGGCAGCCUUGACCCCCACUGCCGUGUCCCCAGCUUGGGGGGGGGGACACACACACCAUCACCCCCCUGGACUGAGCAUCGCUGCUGUCCACCCACACCAGCCUCCGCCAAGGUCACCGCCACCAUGCCAGCACCGUGGGACCACGAGGGACAAGGGGGCUUGUGCGGGGACAGCGUGGCCAUAGAGCCGGGGGGCACUGGCCCCGCUGCCCGCUGGGCACCGCAGGACCACGGGUGACAGUGCUGGCGACAGCACCCAGGCUGGCUCGGCGGGUGCCCCCCCCCCAGGGACGGCAGCACUGGGAGCACCCACAGGCUGCGGCACUUGGGGGGGGGGGGUCCCGCUUUGGCAGGGCAGCCGCCCCCUCCCCACGGCGCUGGCCCCCCACCCCGGAGCCCUCCCUGGCAUGUGUAUCCCAAAGCAUGAGUCCCACUGGGGGAGCAUGUGCCACCCCGGCCAGUGUUUGGCAGGGGGGGGACACGUGGGGCAUGUCACCCCACAGGGUGCAACCCCUCCCCAACACCCUCCUGGCCCCCCCCGUGCAACCCACAACUGCAAGCAGAGUCCCCCCCGAGGGAGUGGGACCCCAGGGGCUCCAGCACCCUAAAUGGGGAUAUCCCUCGUGCCCCCCCCGGCCCUGUGCCCCCACAGCCCAGCCUGUCCCCCCCAUGUCCCCCCCUCCCCGGGCCACGUCCCCCUCGCGCUGGCAGCUGCCCGCUGAUGCCUUGGCCAAAAUAAACGUCUUUCCCCAUCGUG